AUGGCUAUCCACGUAGGGCUCAGUUCCCUCUCUGCCCUGCCGUACCGUCUUCUAGCCCGUCUCCAUCUCCACGCCCCCUUCUGCCCGGUACAGGUUGAGCCAUUUCCCAUUCGCAUUUGGCCCAGCUCCUACAGGAACGCACCUAAUAUGGCGUAUUCUCCGACUGUCUUUUUGAUUUGCCCACCUGAUACUGUCAUAGCGGCCUCCAGCUACCCUGUCGCUGGGCUACGCCAACUUGCUUCUGUACAUUAG